GAGUUAAAAUUAAAAUGGCAGAAAUGAUGACAACGCCGACCGACGAGAUUCCGGGCAGCGAUAAUGGUGAACAUCAUCACGUCAGGGAAACCUUGAGACGCACCAGCAACGACUCAAAGUCUUCUUUCUCUUCCCCAGGCGGCGAAGGCGUAUUUCUGGUCCGAAGGCUAAGUAAGGUUAAAAUGUCAGCCGCGGUUUGCUUCUGGGUCGCCUUGUGCUUCCUUGUCCUCCACGACUCCAUCUACCCUUCCGCCCCUUACUCCGUUGGGAUCCUUUCAUCGCCGGCGAUCGGCGACACGCCAAGUGACGACGAUCAUGAGCUCAGCAAAGUCCUGCGGCGAGCAAGUACCCUAACAACAAGCAGGGGAUCAUCGAUACCGUCGAAAACGGUGAUCCUGACGACGUUAAACUCGGCAUGGGCCGAGCCAGGGUCGAUCUUGGACCUGUUUCUGGAGAGCUUUAGGGCCGGGAAUGGAACACAACAACUGAUGGACAAUUUGGUGAUCGUUUCGUUGGACCGGAAGGCCCAUCAACGUUGCCGGGCGAUACACCGACACUGUUAUGCACUGGCGACUCCGGGCGUCAACUUCACCGGAGAUGCCUUCUUUAUGACGGACGAGUACCUGCUCAUGAUGUGGCGUCGCAUCGACUUCAUGGCCUCUGUUUUACGCCUCGGCUACGACUUCGUUUUCACGGAUGCGGACAUACUGUGGUUCCGAACCCCAUUCCCGCAGUUCCACCAAGACGCCGACUUCCAGAUCGCCUGCGACACCUACCUCGGCAGCGCCUCCGACCGCCACAACAUCCCCAACGGCGGCUUCGUCUACGCCAGAUCCAACCACCGGACCCUCCACUUCUACAAGUACUGGUACAACUCCAGGGACAGGUUCCCUGGAAAACACGACCAGGACGUGUUCAACGAGAUCAAGUUCGACCCUUUCCUCGACGCCCUGCAGAUCAAGUUCCUCGACACGGCCUACUUCGGCGGCUUCUGCCAGCCGGUUAAAGACCUCAACGUCGCAAUCACAAUGCACGCCAACUGCUGCGUCGGGUUGCAGACGAAAGUGCACGACCUGAGGAACGUGCUUGACGACUGGAAGCGGUUUGCUAAGUUUCCGAUGGAGGAGAGGAGUGGGGUUUCUUUUGACUGGAGAUCUCCGCGCGUCAGGUGCAGGGGUUGAUGAUGGAAUGAAUAUAUAUAAUGGUACUUCUUUGCCUUGGUUAUGGUUAAAGAGAAGACCAGGAAGACGUAGACGUAAAAGGGUGUGUGAUUUGUAUACACAUGCAUGCAUAUGAAAAUGUCUAGAGUUUUCGGUGCCAAACCAGUUGCUAUCUUACAAUUCUGAUUUUGGUUAAACCGAAAACCAAUAAGAAACCAAAAACGAUAACAAUAGUUGUGGUGCCAUGUGGAAGUGGUGCCGUUUUAAUUGGGGAUGUAUAUAGAUUUUGGUUUAGGGCAUGGUCUCUAGUCGUACUACCACGGGUCAUGAGCCCGAAGGUAUCAAGUUCGAAUCCCUAAAAAAAAAUAUACUACUUCAGUUUUCGGUUUUUACAUGGUUUCGAUUCUGUUAACCAAACAGGAAAGACACUCCAACUACUUAGAGAAAUAACUAUUAACACAAGAU